GUUUUUUUUGCAACAAGAACUCAAGCAAACCUUCACUCUUCUGCCCCAAACCUUGUCAUUUUCUAACCUAUCUUUUUUUUUUUCUUGUGUUACCCAAUUAGUAAUCCAUUAUGGGCAGCAAGUUGGUGCCGAGUUCAGUACAACAAAGUGAGUUGAGCGUGUUAACCAUGUCCGACCACGACAUCAUGAACCACAUUUAUGCAACCCAUGUUCAUGGUGACGAAAAGUUUGAUGUUGAGUCUCUUUUCGUUCUCGUCGAAAACAUCCUUAAGCGUGCCACCAUGAUUGUUGACCAUGUUGCACUGGGUACCCAAGUACACUUGGAAAGCUUGGAAGACAAGACCCCUAAGGCCAACUUUAAUCCACCAUUGUGUACACUGAAGAAAAUUUCCAGCGAGAUGCAAUGCAAGACUCCUGGUGAGGAAAUUGCGCACAAGACAACAAUGUCAAUACUUAACAAAUUGUCAAGCUAUUCGUGGGAUGCAAAGGCAGUGCUCACACUUGCUGCUUUUGCUUUAGAAUAUGGGGAUUUCUGGCUACUUGCCCAACUUCACCCAUCGGACCAACUAGCCAAAUCAAUUGGGAUCUUAAAGCAAGUACCUGUUAUCUUAAGGCGCCCAGGCCUUCAAAAACAUCGAAGAGCAUUGGUUGAACUUAACAACCUGAUCAAGGCCACAUUGGAAGUGAUAGAGUGCAUCUUUGAGUUGGAGAAGCUAUCUAUCUAUGAUACAAGGGAUGUACCUGCAUUGUUAAUUGCCAUGGACCGUAUUCCAGUCGAUGUCUAUUGGGCUAUCAUAACUGUUGUAGCUUGCUCAACUAAGAUGUGUGGCCUCACUAAUGAAGAGGACAAGGUGCAGGAACUAUCCCACUUUGCUCAGAAGCUCAACAUUGUCCUCAGCAUAUUAAAGAAGCAGAUUCAACUUUGCAAACAACAAAUAGAGGAUCUGGAGGCUCAUCGAAAGAUCAAGAAACUCGUACAAACCCCUAAUGAGAUUAUGGAGGUUUUCAAGGCGCUUGUUUAUGCCAAGAAUAAUCUGCAGCUGCUCAUUGAUGGUUCUACUCAAAAAACGGUCAGCAUUGAAGUGUUAAAAAAGAAGAAUAUUCUAUUGUUCAUUUCGGGCGUGGACAUCUCUAUUGAUGAAAUUUCGAUCUUAAGGCCAAUAUAUGAUGCAAUAAGGAAGGAGGAGCAGUAUAAGAUUGUAUGGAUCCCGAUUGUUGACCAAUGGAACGAUGACACGCGUAAGAAGUUUGAGAUGCUCAAGUCCAAGAUGCUAUGGUACGUAGUCCAGUACUUUUCACCCAUAGCUGGUAUCAGGUUCAUCAAAGAGGAGUGGCACUUCAAGAACAAGCCUAUUAUCGUGGUGAUGAACCCAAAAGGGAAGGUGGAAUGCCCAAAUGCAAUCCAUAUGAUUCAAGUAUGGGGAAUGAGGGCAUUUCCUUUCAGUAGCUCUGUUGAAGAAGCUCUAUCAAAUGGAAGAGACUGGAUGGGAUCCAUAGUGACUGGCAUAAACCCAAAUUUACAUAACUGGAUCAAAGAGGAGAAGUACAUUUUCUUCUAUGGUGGCAAGGACAAAGAGUGGAUUCAACAAUUUACUAAAAGUGCAAAUGCCCUUGCAAACGAUCCAGUGAUAAAGGACACAAGGGUUUCUAUAGAGUUGCUUUGUGUUGGAAAGAGCAACAAAGGUGAGGAUGACCACAGUAUCUUAGGGCAUUUCUGGAACCGUAUAGAUAGCUUUUUCUUUUCCAAAACACAAAGGAAAAGUGAACCCGACCCAGUGACACAUGAAAUCCAAAAGCUGCUUUCAUACAAGAAUGAGAGUGGAUGGGCUGUGCUUAGUAAAGGGUCUAGAGUGGUGGUGAGUGGACAUGGGACCUCAUUUUUGAAGGUGUUAGAGGAGUUUGAGAAAUGGAAAGAGUAUGUGCGCCAGAUAGGCUUCGAAGUUUGCUUCAAGGAGUACCAUGAUAAGCUUCUUCACACUACUCGACGUUGUUGCCGUGUGGAUAUCCCCAUUACUACUGGAAAGAUCCCAGAGCAUAUGAAAUGUCCCGAGUGUCCACGAGUCAUGGAAGCCUAUAUUAGUUUCAAGUGUUGCCACAUUGACGGUUCUAUGAAUGGACUGCAUUAGAUCCCUACUUCUCUUCAGCUAGCUUGUAUUGCUACAAAAUAAUAAUAUUAUGUUUAAGAGUUUUCUUUUUAUGCUAAUAUAGUGUACGUUUAAGAUUUUUUUGGUUA